AUGGGUGUAGACACGGUGAAAGAUUACUGUGAUAUGUUGAAGAGCGAGAUCCAUCUUACGAAUGUCUCGGUAACGGCAUUGUCUAGUGUUACCAAGGACUUUUGGAAGAGCACAAGGGGAAUGGUGAUCCGCAUCGAGAUCCUUGUAGUACUGGCUGCUCUCAUGUUCCUUGUACUCGGUACUUUUGGGCGCUACCGUCGCCGAAGCAGAAACUGUUUCAUUCAGAAAAGUGUUUUCGGCGCCUUUUCCUUGUCCUCCUCGCUGGUAACCUACACAAUAGGUUCAAUGCAAUCCUCACCGGUGAAGGGCAGCAUGUACUCUCUUUGGGCCAUCGCACUCUUCCUCCUUCAUGGUUGCACCGACUCCAUCACAGCUCACAGUUUAAGUGACAAUACACAGAUCACCAAACAGUGGUACCAGGUGGUGCUCUACUAUUUAUAUGGGCUUUUUCUGCUAAUCAGUGGCAUGAACGAGACAGAACCUAGAGCAUGGGAGAACCCACUAGUAAUUAUUCUACUGGGCCUUUCUUUAUACCAGUUCAUGCACAGAUUAGCAGCAUAUCACCUGGCAACCCGGUCUUGGAAGUUGAACAAAAUUGUUGCUGAUUAUAUGCAUGAAGAGCACGAAAUGGGCGGUGAAAUUGAUCCAGUCACCAUGGAAGGUUGCCAUUACCUGGUUGAUUGGCCACUCGGAAAAUCCAAGAUGAAUAAUGAGACAUAUGCAACAAAAAUAACAGCAGAUUCCAAUGAAAUCAUCGACAUAAAGAAGAUAUGGUUGUGCGAGUCACUAGACACGGAGCUCAAGUAUGAAUGCCUUUCCUUCUCUCUGUUUCAUCUGUUGAGAAGGCGUGUCUUUGGGUUUGCAUGUGGCGAAUCGAAGGAAAAAGCACAUGACUUUGUAUUCAAGGGGCUGCUCCUGGAUCCGGAGGAUGGAUACAUCAGGGUAUUCAAGGUGAUUGAAGCCGAAUUGACCUUCAUGUAUGAUUUCUACUUCACCAAGUAUGCUGCCAUUUACUAUAGAUCAAUGGCUGCAACAAUUUGGUACUUGGUUUCAGCCACCAGCAUAUGCCUUACAAUAUAUGCAGUAGCUACCCGUGUGAUGGAUUAUGACUGUUUUGAGACUGAUAUGGAUCUUCUGUCUCUUACCAUCAUCAACAGCAAGGCUGAUGUUAUUAUCACCUUAGUGAUACUUGCAUCCGCUGCUUUGCUUGAAUUGGUACAAAUAUUGGUUUUCUGGACAAGUGUUUGGGGUAGAGUGUCCUUUGCAUGUCAGCAUGUCCGAGAAGAAGCAGCAGAAAAAAGAAGCAACAGAGGAAGGCUUAGCGGCUGUUGCAUGAUGAUCAUGAUGACAGUGAAAAGUCUUCUCGCAAACAUCGGCAUGCGAUGUGACUCAAAUAAACACUACUGGCAACAUGAGCUUGGGCAGUACUCACUGAUUGGAGCAGUCAGCAAAAGUAUUGAUAGCUCUAAUCCAUCGGCGACCAACCAGGAAGAUCCUCAGCUAUCCAUCAUGGCCAGGAUCCUUACCUCGGCAGUAGGCAGAACCGUGUAUCUCCUCGACUAUCUGGCCCUGAGUGUAAGAAGUCGACAAGCAAUCAAGAUCCGUGGUGAACAAUGCAAACCUAUCAAACUGCAUGAACAAGUAAAGAAGGCAGUUGUGCUUUCCCUUGUGCGCAGUGAAGGAGAACUAACGAAUGGCAAAUCGUCGUUAGUGGUCACCAAAGAAGAAUCCCUCUCAUGGGCUUGUGAGUGGGACGUGCACCCGGAAACAACCUGCAUUAUUCUGACCUGGCACAUUGCAACAUGUUACUGUGAGAUGGUACCAUACUCAGGCGGUGGCGGAGGUGAAGAAGCAGAAAUCAGGAAGUUACAGUUUGAUGUUGCCACUACACUGUCGAAAUACUGUGCAUACUUGGUGGUCUCUGAACCAAAACUUCUUCAUGGCCACCAUUAUGAUACAGCGAUGGUGUUCGAUGCAGCUGCAGAAGAAUCAAUAAAGACCCUGCGAAGCGCAACGAACAUGUACGAGGCCAUGAAAACUCUGCCGGUGGCACAAGCGACAGUCUUCGAGAGGGGGGUGAAGCUGGGGAAGGAACUAGAGAGUAAGCCAGAGAGCAAACGCUGGAAGGUGUUGGCUGAAUUCUGGGCCGAGAUGUUGCUCUACGCCGCGCCAUCAGACAAUGUCAAUGAACACAUCGACAGGCUCACCAAAGGCGGGGAGUUCAUCACCCACCUCUGGGCUUUGCUCUCUCAUGCAGGCAUCCUUGGCAGGAAACCCAAGCAUCAAGCUGGAAUCGUGUAA